CGCGAGAGCCGCUUCCUCUUAACCCUUCCCUCGCCACCAUGCGCAUUUCAGUUCCUCAGGCGAUUAAAGCACGGAAAGAGCGGGAAACUCGCGCCGAAAACCCCGCAGAGGCGAAGCAGUUCAGCCGCCGCCUCCUCCUCCCUCGCGGACACGCGCUUAAAUAAAACACCUGAGCAAGCUUUGCGCUCUGCGCCUUUAAGGCCGGGGCGGUGACGUCAGCGCCGCACGGGGCGGAAGUAGCCGGCGCGCGGGGGGGGGGGAAGGUCACGUGAUGGAAGCGGCGCCUCUCCGUCCGCCUGCCCCCCGCCUGCCUGACGCGGGAGUCCCGGCGGAGCGAGGCGGCUGACGGCGCGGGGCCCUCUUCCCCCUCCUCCCCCCCCCGCCGGGCGCGUGACGUGGAGGGGGAGGGGGCUGCAACGGCCCCGGCGCGAGGCGCCUCCUCCCCCCGCCCUCACACGCCAGAAGGUGGAGGGGCCGCCGGGAUGGCGGCGGCGGCGGCGGGGGCGCCGGGAGGGGGCGGGGCCGGGGCGCCCGAGGAGGAGGAGCACGAGGUGGUCCGCGUGCGGGUCAAGGUGAGCGGCCUGAGGGGACUCGGGGGCGGGGGGAAGGGCGGCUGAUGUCCCAGGGGCCGGCGGAGGGAACCGUGUUUCGUACUGAGGCGGGUUGUGGGACGGAGACCCGAGAGGAGCCGCCCUUUCUUUCAGGAGGGAUACGGCAGGCAGUGCCACGUAGCGGUUAGAGCAGCGUGGGAAACCGACGGCCCUCCGACGGCUGGGUUUUGGUUUACAAUUAGGUUCCUGGCUUGCCCUUUCAGCCACCUGGUCCUAGGGUGGGCUGCGGAGAUUUAAAGAUGGAAUGGCAAAAGCAGAGUGUAAGACAGAGCAUAAUGAGGUUCCUAAACGUAUGUGUGUGCCUUCAGCAUUUCACGAAAGCUCCAAAAUAAAGGUGCCAGGUGCACCUCUGCGGGGAAGGAAUUGCACCACUUCGGGGCUGCCGCAGAGAAAAAACUCCUGGGCCACCUACCUGCUGAACCUCUGAGGGCAGUGGAACAUAGCUGUCAACUUUCAGAUUUGAAAAUACAGUCGUACCUCGGAUUAAGUACAUUGUCCUUGAUUCUGUAUACAGUGGUACCUCGGGUUAAGUACUCAAUUCGUUCCGGAGGUCCGUUCUUAACCUGAAACUGUUCUUAACCUGAAGCACCACUUUAGCUAAUGGGGCUUCCUGCUGCCGCCGUGCCGCUGGAACACGAUUUCUGUUCUCAUCCUAAGCAAAGUUCUUAACCCAAGGUACUAUUUAUGAGCUAGAGGAGUCUGUAACCUGAAGCGUAUGUAACCCGAGGUACCACUGUAAGGGAUCAGCAGCCUCACCUGUCCCGGGGACAGUCUACGGGAUAUCUAACAAUCCGGGAUAGCAGUGGGAAACAGCGCUGGAAUAAGGGAAUUUCCUGCAAAAAAAGGGAAGGUUGACAACUAUGCAGUGGAACUACCCAAAGACUUCCCUCUGCCGAUCUUAAUGCCUAGGAGGAUCUCUAAGGGAAGAAAGUGGUCUUUCAGGUAUGCUGCUGAACUACGACCCCCAUCACCCAUGGCCACUGGCCAUGCUGGACCAUGGCAUUGCUAAAGGGCCACACGUUUCCCACUCCUGGGCUAGAGCUGAGCAAGGGCAAAUUCCUGCUCAGCCUUUGAACUUACUGUCUUGCACAAGUCGUUGUUUCAAUGCAGACAUCACACCAAACAGUUGUUUAUAGUAGCCAUACUUCUAAUUCUCAAAGGGUUAGAGCCGCUUUCUUUCAAUUUGAUGUACUGCUCAUUGCUGUCAAAUUGUGAUUGGCCUCCUUGGUGGAUACAAAUAACAAGUAGUGUGUUGACUCUUUUACACAGUUAUUAGUGACAGUUUAGGAACUUAGAUGUGGAGAGAGAGAUUAACUUGCUCUCAGCGGGCAAUGGGAAUUCGCACUUCUUAGCGCUUUAUUACUCUAAGAAACUUUACUAAAUUUAAUAGUAGCUGCAGACAAUCUAUGAGUGUAAAAUAAUGUUGUAAAGGAACUGCAUUUCAUUUCGUAGAAGAAGAAAGAGAAUGAGUUCACAAUUGUUGAUUCACUAUACACAACCGCUUACAGGUUUGGAGAAGAUUUCUUCUUCACAAGAAGAAUGCCUUCAGUUACACGCUUUCCAAAAUAAGGACAACUUGAUAACUCUUGGGUUUCUCCCGACUCUACAAUUCUAUGACUUUGUCCCUAAUGGUUGUACUAAUCUAUAUUCAAGUAGGCAGCCGUGUUGGUCUGCCGUAGUUGAAAUAAAUUAAAACAGUUCUUUUAGAAGAUAGUUAAGACUCUUCUUAAAAACCUAAAAACUCCCUUAAAAGAAUCAAGUCUUCAAAAAAGUUAUAUGAUCUAAGAAAGUCUUUAAAAGAAUCCUUCCAAAAGGGUUUAAAAAUUAUAAUGUAGCACCUUAGAGACCAACUGAGUAGUUUUAGGUAUGAGCUUUAGUGUGAUGCACUCUUCUUCAGAUACAGAUAAUCUAUAACACACUGAUCUAUAAAACACAUGUUUUGUACUCAGAUUGUCUAGUUUGCAGUAGCUGCACCUGCUUCUCUUGUCAGGUUUCUAGCACCUGUUACUUUGACAGUAUAUAGAUAUUUAGAUUACAUUUUGGGCAAAUAUUUCUCCCCUCAAAUUUUUCUGUUAGUAAUGUAAUUAGUGGAGUGGAACCUCGGUUCCCGAACGCCUCCGUCAUCAUAUGUUUUGGUUCUCAAACGUCAAAAACCCGGAAAUAAAUGUUUCCGUUUUUGAACGUUUUUCAGAACCCGAACGUGUGACCUGGCUUCUGAGUGCAAGAAACUCUUGCAACCAAUGGGAAGCCGCGCCUCUCUUAAGAUGAAUGGGCUUUUGGAACAGAUUUCAUUUGAGAACUGAAGUAUCGCUGUAUUUGGUUUUAUACUAGUCAAAAGUGUUAUUUUGGCAGACUGAUGUAAGCAUGCUUGGGGAUAGGUUCAACUGAGUUCACUGGCUUGUUUCCUGGUAAAGCUUGUUUACUCACCUUGGAAGUAUGUUGAUUGAUUCAGUGGGAUUAUCAAAGUAAUAUACUUAGGGUUGUGCAGUUGGUUUUUUAAUUGGAAGCCACUGUUUUGCUAAUAAUAAUAAUAAAUUUAUUACAGUGGUGCCUCGCAAGACGAAAUUAAUCCGUUCUGUGAGUAUCUUCGUCUAACGGUUUUUUCGUCUUGCGAAGCAACCCUAUUAGCGGAUUAGCGCUAUUAGCGGUUUAGCGGCUAUUAAAGGCUUAGCGGCUUAGCUGCUAAAAGGCUAUUAAAGGCUUAGCGGCUUAGAAAAAGGGGGGGGGAGCGGAAAAAAAUCUCAAGACUCGCAAGACAUUUUCGUCUUGCGAAGCAAGCCCACAGGGAAAUUCGUCCUGCGAAGCGCAUUGAAAAACGGAAAACCCUUUCGUCUAGCGGGUUUUCUGUCUUGCGAGGCAUUCGUCUUGCGGGGCACCACUGUAUUUGUACACCACCCAUCAGACAUAGGUAGGACUAUGUCUCUGUGGCUGUAAACCUUCUGUAAAUGAUAUAAUCUGGACCAUACUCCAGACUGCGUUAAGAUCUGCUCACUCCAUUGUUUCUGUUAGUGUGAAGAGAUGACAUUGUAUAUGGAAGUAGCCAAAAGCCAUUUUGGACCCUUUUUCUUUUGUGCGAUGUUGAAGGAUUAUUGCCAACCUUGUAGCUAUGUAGAUACUGCAAUAGCUGAGUGAUAGCUCAAAUAUUUUGUAAGUUUCAGCUCACAUGUUUGGCCCCCAGUAUCCCUGGUUACAAAAUAUUGAGAAACACACCUGUGUAUGAGAUCUACCUUUCCCACUAGUAAUCUUUCCAGUAGUAAAUCUGAUGUAAAAGAGCUGAAUUUGCCCCUUGAUAAAGUCUAGGUUGAUAAGAAGCAAGUUACACCAACCGAUAUACUUCAGAAGGCCUACUUUUGUGAGAGAGAUCGCCAAGCACUUAGCUUGGUGUAACUCCAUUGAUGUAAAUGAAUUGCAUCAGUUCAUGGUCAGUGAGCUAUCCCCUUUGUGUAUUAAUACACUAACAAUAGAACCAUUCGUUGUUCCUCUCUCGUUAGGGUUAUCCUAGGGGAAGGAUCUGUUCUUUGGUCUGUAAAGUAUCAGGCUUAUGUGUUUGGUAUAUAUAGAUAGCAUUUAAAGGGCUGUUUUCACUGUGGGUAGAACGACCCCUUAGAACUUAGUAUCAUUGUGGUAGAAAAGCAGAGUGUGUUGCUGGUGGUGUGGAGAUUUGGAGACAAACUUUUUAUUUUUGUCAAUAGGGAAAUUAAGAGAUUAUAGUUGGGUGGCAUUCUGAACUUGUUUUCCCCAACCUCUCAUUCACUGGAUCUCUGCUUCCUCCAAGUUAUAGGGUUGGUUCUUUGCUCCUGCUUACUUUUUGUAAUCCUUUCAGAAAUGUGAAGGCUUUUUGCAACCUGAGUUCCGUACCUUCGCCGUGGAUCCACAGAUCACCUCACUGGAUGUAUUGCAGCACAUCCUCAUCAGGGCAUUUGACCUAAAUGGGUGAGUCUGGGAAGAGGAUAGAAAAUAUGGAACUGGGUAGUCCCGACUUUUAGCUCCCUUGCUACUUUCCCACUAAAUGAAAAUGGGGUCAGUGAAGGUGGAGCUGAGAGAUGGAGCUUCUGUUUUCGUAUCUAGGAGGGGAAUGAGGUUUGAAGGGACAUGAGUAAAAGUGACAUGAGAACAGGAAGUCUUGCAUUCCUUUCCCGGUUCUGACAUCAAAUCUUCUGAAAGCUACGGAUUUGAUCCCAUGUUCAAAGGAGAGCCUCUCAUACCAAGGGAUCUCCUCAUAAGUAAGGAGAGGGAGAGUGGUUAAACUUUGGAUCACCAGUCUUCUGUCAUUUCAAAUAAACAUGAACAAUCUUUACCUUCAUUAGUAUUAACAGUUUCUGUUUUCAGUAGUGACUGAAAUUUACAGUAAAAUCAUAAUUAAAAAAGCACAUGGUAAUAUCCAACAAAUCAUUUUGCUACCAUCCUCUUUGCUUGUGAGAACUAAACAAUUACCUCAUGCAGAGAGUGAGAUAGGUUCCCUUGCAGAAAACCCCCAGAUGUUAGCACAACAAGGUGCUAAGUCUGGAUGGGAUUUAGCUGUUACGUCCUGAGUAAGCCAGACCUGAUUUCAUCACAGCCUGGACAGCCUGUCUGCUACACAGACAGUAGGAAACUUUGUCCUGAGAGCCACUUUACAUGUAAUAGAUCUUGUUUUGGUGUGGGACGCAGCAUGCAUGCUUCUUGUACAGUUGUGAAUGAUGAAGGCACAUAUAUUUGCUCCACUGCAUGUAUGUACCAUGUCUACCAGCAGUGAAUUAAACGUAUUCAGCAACUGUGACUGCGUAUUGUUGUUUUUUAAACAACAUCAUAAGAACAGCCAUGUAGGUUCCAUUAAACAAAAGAGGUGUCCUGUUUUAAAUGCGGGGAAAGAAUAUGAACAUGUCUGUCUUUACUCACCUUAGGAAGAAGAAUUUUGCCAUCAGCUAUCUGGGCCGAGAUAAGCAAGGCCAAGAAUCAUAUUUGCCAUUGAUGUCAGAUUGGGAUCUGGGCAUGGCCUUUGCUGGAGCCUCCAAGCCUUACUUGCAGCUCAAGAUAGACAUCAAGCCCUCAGAGGAUAGUAAGUAACACACACACACACUGAACAAGAGAGCUGGGAGUCCUGGUUCCAGUCCUUGCACCCCUUGGUCCCAUCUCAAGUCCCCACUUGGCUCCUUAUGCUAUGGACAUGUCCAAGGAAUUCAGUUCUUUUGUCUUCUCUGCUAGUGUUGUUUACUCUUGUAGAAAUGUUACCUGAUUGCUGCUGUAAAGAAAGGAAUGAUUUGAAUCACUUGAUGUUGAUUUAGGUACAAAAUGAAGCAUCAGAUUUACUGGAGACUCUAAGGGAAAAAAAUCUUAGGGCUGAAGAGGGGGGAUUGACUAUGCCCCCCCAUACCUUUCCAACUCUGGCUUACUGUAUAUUGCUCAGUUUUACUUUAGAACUCCCUGUUGCCUUUUUAUAGAGUGCAGUUUGAUCACUCCCGUUUAUGGGUGGCAUGCAAAGCAGCCCAAACCUUUUUUCAGACUUUGUGGAUUCUGUGUUUGCAACACUCGAGUUUGGUACUGACUGUAGAAUCCAGUCCCCUGUAACCCAUCCUUCUUUCAAAGCAAAUUUCUAGGGCUUUUUGAUACAUAUUAUUGUUUUCAAGCAUGUGAUUAUGCUUUAUUAUUAUCCAGCAGAAGAAUUGACCCUUCGCGGCAGAAGCAGAAUUAUGUAAAAUAAGCAAGAAUGUGUAAAUGUUAAUACUUUGUUUUCAUCAUUUAUACAGAUCAUGGAACUCUACUUUGCUUUAUGCUCUUUUUUCUUUUUAAAGUGAGGUAUGCACAGCAUGAUUAUUUUGUUUGUGUCCUUUCUGUAGCACUUCUCAACAUGCAGUGAGAUUUGUGAAAUUAUGCUGGGUGGUGGUGAGGGAAUGGCAGAUACUGGGCUUGGGGAGUUGGCUCAUGUCAUUGCCAUAUUCGCUUAGGCCCCCUGCUAGAAGACUGGGACAUCAUCAGCCCCAAGGAUGUGAUCAGUACCGACCUGCUGCUGGUGGAGAAGCGGUCUCUGGCAGCAGCCGCCCUGCCCUUCACUCAGUCCAUCAUCUCCCAGGUAAGCCGUAAGAGGAUGAUUCUUUUGACUUAGACUUCACGAUGUGAUGUUCCACAAACAAAUAUCCAGGAGGUACUUCUUAACUCCUUGGAUGGAAAGAGGCAGAGGAGAGAAAGCAGUUCUAACUUCCAUUAUCUUCCAGCCUAGCUGGAACCACAAAAGAUCCAGUUUGUCUCCAUACCAGCUUUUUUGGCUCAGAAGAUUAACUCCCUCUCCUAAGCUACAGAGGUGACCCUAAAGCCAAGAUGUAAAUACGUACAUAUAUACAGUGUCUGAGGCAGGUUGCCCGUUCUCUUACCUUUGUGUUUUAAGUUACUGAGCUCAUGUUGUAGCACUUACAAGUUCUUUCUUUUGAGCAUGGUUGUGUACAGGUUACCUUCUGACCUCAGCUUUACUUUUGUCAACUGGCAGGUGGGCAGGACACUGUCUAAGGUCCAACAAGCACUCAGCUGGUCCUAUGGCGAGGACGUCAAACCUUUCAAGCCCCCGCUGAGCGACUCCGAGUUCCACACGUACCUGAACCAUGAAGGACAGUUGACAAGACCUGCAGAGCUGCGUCUCCGAAUUUUCCACGGUGGAGUUGAGCCCUCUCUACGCAAGGUGGGGAUGGGGAUUCUGGAGGUCAGUUUUCUGCCUCGAGAGACAGGCAUGUGGUUAAGGGGGCCAGAGCAAGGCUUCUUUCCCUUUGCUCCCACUCUGAGGCCAUUAGUCUUGACCUUGGCAUGGGUGCGUGUCCGCUGCUUUGAGGGCGGGUGUCUUCCUGUAACUGAUCCUUCAGCUUGUUGCCAUUGAUGGGAAAAGCUGUUCCGGUGUUGAGUCAUCCUCCAUGUUUCCCACAGGUGGUUUGGCGAUACUUGCUAAAUGUCUAUCCUGAUGGUUUGACGGGUCAGGAGCGCAUGGAUUACAUGAAGCGGAAGACUCGGGAGUACGAGCAGCUGAAGGGGGAGUGGGAAGCUCGCGCCAGCUCCGAGGACCUGGACUUCAUUCGCAGCAACGUGCUGAAGGACGUUCUGCGAACAGAUCGCACCCAUCCCUACUACGCAGGCUCAGAUGACAACCCCCACCUGACAGCCCUGCACGACCUCUUGACCACCUAUGCCGUCACCCACCCACAAAUCUCCUAUUGCCAGGGCAUGAGUGACAUCGCCUCCCCCAUUCUGGCUGUCAUGGACAACGAAGCUCACGCCUUCAUCUGCUUCUGUGGCAUCAUGAAACGCCUGGAGGGCAAUUUCCAGGUGGAUGGUGAAGUCAUGUCGGUGAAGUUCUCCCACCUCAAGCUUCUCCUCCGCCAUUCAGACCCAGAGUUCUACUCCUACCUCCUCUCCCGGGGCGCCGAUGACCUCUUCUUCUGCUAUCGCUGGCUGCUGCUGGAACUCAAGCGUGAGUUUGCCUUUGAGGAUGCCUUGCGCAUGCUGGAGGUCACCUGGAGCUCCUUUCCUCCUGACCCUCCUGAGAAGGAAGUGGAGUUGGUGGGCCCGCCGGCCAGGCCCGGAGACAGCAGCCAGCCUGUUCGAAGGAGACACAUGUUGCGUCCAGCUUGCAGUUUUGAGGCAGCUGGGGACCAGCCCUGCCAAGGGGCAGUUUCUGAUGAAAAGACACUAGUGAAACAGUCUAGCUUUGGGGAGUUCAAGUAUUACAGCACUCAUAAUGAGGACAGUUCAGAGGAUGACCCAUCGCCCAGAUUUCAGCGCUCAGUAGAAGAGGACGAGGACCGUAGCAAUGAGCAGGAUCCAUUGAUCCAGACAACUAACGUGGCCAAGUCCUUUUCUGCUCCAUCCCUUCGGGCCUUGACUCCACCCUCUCGAGACUCAGCCUCCUCCUCAACCAACGGCAAUGAGGAAAGCCAGUCAGAUGAGGAGAAGGGGGACUCCGUGGUUCACACCCCUUCCUCUCCCUCCCGUGGAACUGCUGCUCCUUCUCCUGUUGCUGCAGUCAGCCUGCCACCCCCGCAGGAGUUUGGCAGAGGCAACCCCUUUGUGCUCUUCCUGUGCCUCGCCAUCCUCCUGGAGCACCGAGACCAUAUCAUCAAGAACAACAUGGACUACAAUGAGCUGGCCAUGCAUUUUGACCGCUUGGUCCGUCGUCACAACCUGAACAAGAUCCUUCAUCGCGCCAAGGCCCUCUUUGCCAACUACCUGCAGUCAGAAGUCUGGGACUCUGAAGAGGGUGAUGAGGCAGCGGCUGAAUCUCCUGCUGCGUUGUGACCCCACACCCCACCCCUUUUCUUCUCUUGACAUGUGGGGACUGGUUCCCUGCUGCCAUUAUGGUGCAAGCACUGAUGUGGAAGGGUGAACAAUGAGUAAUCCGGCUUGGUCUCAGCUCUACAGUAAUCUUCAUGGGAGGUGGCCUGGAGCGGCUAAGUUGGAUUGUCCCACUCAAUACACCUUCUGUGUCAAAUGUACUCUGUUUUUAUCUAUCUCUUUGUGCAAAUAUCUUGGCAGAGAUGUUCCAUCUAUCUCCUGUGCCUCCUACCCUUCCAAGUGCUAAUUAUCUUCCUAGGAAGAUCUACCCUGGAGCAGCCAGGUUUUACACUCUGUUAGCCCCUUUCCCUCCUCCCAGUCAAUACUUGACAUGCAUUUCCCCUUCUUAUCUACCCACUUACUAAUGUCCUCCUUAGAAUGUUGGUCACUAAGCAAUCAAGAUUGAUUUCUGACCCUUCUGUAACCUGGUCUCUUCCAUUCUGGGCAGGUUUGCCAAAGGCAUUUUUAAAUGCUGAAUCUUGAUGUGACCUUAAUUUCCCUGCACAUACGCCUCUCUGCAAAAACUUGCCUUUUAUGCUGAGUUAUUCAAAUGUUUUUGCCCAUUUGGGUUUUUUAAAAGCACUUUAUUUUCUCUAUAAUUUUGUUCAUUCCUCUAGUAUUGCCUUUCUGUUUUAGCUUGAAAGCGCUUUUAAAGAACUGAACUUGCAGCCUUGGAAAAAAUAUGCUUGGUGUGUUUAAAAGUGGACUUGUAACACCCCAUUGCCCUUACUGGCCAAUUUUUAAUCCGAACAGGUUGUCCUUUUUUAAAUUGGGCCAUCUCAGUGGUCUUUUGUGAAUUAAAUACUCAUGGGGAGUCAAGAGUCUAGUAAAAGAGUGGAUUGGGAGAGUUGAAUGGAGUCUUGAUGCCACAGUGCCCUUAUAGAUCUUGCUCUUGGGUAAGUAAUACCUUGUGUCUGGCUCGCACACUUUCUCUUAACUAGCGUUCUCCUCAGCUGAUGUAUCAUCCAAGAUUUGCUUGCUGUAAAAACAGCCAUUGCCUGGUCAGGUGGGUUUUGUUUCCAGUCUCUUUAACUGGCUUUCUUAUUUAAACGCAGGUUGCCAAAUUCUUAACAAUUGUUUCUCUAUGCAUCUUUAGCUUGCAGGGCAGGAUUGCGCUGGAACAUGUAGCAACAGAUUCUGUAUCAUUAGACAGAGAGAACUCAAGCUGCUUCUAAUCUUAAUGCAUUAAUCUGAAGUCAAAUAGUAGCAAAUGGUAGUAGUGUUUGCCUCUUGAUAGAGAAAAAGUGUUUUGAUUCUUGAAUCUCCAUUCUUGCUGUUUCUAGGUUAAACUGGAAACCAAAUCACUUGUGACCCUGUCUUAAAACUGUUUGAUUAUUGAGGGUUGAUACCUGAAUAGGCUGUGCUGCUACCUUUCUGCCUUGGAACAGACUGGGUGGGAGAUGCCGUAGAUGGUACAAAAAGUAGACUGUGCUGAAUACUGUUCAGUCAGUAGCAUCACUUCUUUUCCGGCCAAAAGGUACAUUGUUGUUGGCUCACUCUGCUUCAGAUGAGCAAAAUGGGCUCAACCGUGUCCCUAAAGGCCAUUGGAAACAUUCAUUUGUUUUAACUCCAGUGUUAGGGUUCAGUUUCCAUUUUAGAUGUGCAAUUCCUAGAUUCAGUGGCAAAUUAUUUUGAGACUCCCCCCCUCCCCCCUCUCUCUUAAUGUUGGGGGUGCCACAGUGUGCCCUGUUCUGCCCCCCCAUUCCUCCAUGUGUUCAUUUGCUUGCCUUAAUUCACAGCUAGCUGUGGCUUAAAUCCCCAGGGUGGGUUUCAACUAACUAGUUCUGUGGAAACCUGCGUAAGGACAUCUGCCUGCACAACAGGGCUUCCCAUUCCCUCCUCCACACCCCCUUAAAUUUGCUCUGAGGGGGUCAGGAGAAUCCCCAGAACAGCAUGCAGGAGGGUAGAAGAGAAGGGUCAUUCUGUCCGACAAACUGAAUGAUUGCCAUAACACUACAUGAAAUUCCUUCUCCAAGAUUUUUGGCUUAGAAAAAGGAUAUACUGGAAGGUGGGAAUGAGGUGAAGUGUCCCAGGCCAUCACAUCUUUUCUAGCCAGAGCAGCCUUUGCACUAACAUGGGCUUUUAAAUCUCUGCAGGCCAAGAGCAGAAAUCGGCAGGGGCCACAAAGGAGGCUUGCCAUCAGCAGUGAGGUCUUAAGCAGCUUCCUUUCUUGAUUGGUUGGAGUUAGGUGGAUUUUAACAACCUGAGAACCAUCAAAGUCAAUAAGAGAGAAUGAAAGCAGGGCUAAUUAAAAGGGACUUCGGAUAACUUAGUGUCACAGAGGCAUCUGUACUUCAUUUGGGGGGUGGGAUGCAGAACUGCAAGUCCUAUCUAUCUAUAUUUUUUAAAAGGCAUGAGCUCAUUCUUUUAAUGAAAUGCCCACUAGAAGGAGCUGUAGCUUAGUUUAAAACAAUGAAGCUACAUUGGAGGAGGUCUGUACAGCUCUCUACACCCUUUCACCAACUCCUUCCAUAUUGACACUGAUGGCAGAAGGCAGCAGAGGUGAAGAACAAUUAAUCAGAAGGCAUAAGUCCUUUUGAGAACAGAGGUCAAGGAAAGGUAGAAUAACCUGUUUUGGAGCUACAUCCAUUACAUAGGUCCCAUAUUGUCGUAUUUUUUAAAAGAAGUUGAUUCUGGAUGAAUGCAGAGUGUCUAGCUUGGCUUGCAAAAGGUGGUUCAUAGACACAUACCCCAAUAUGGUGGCUUGCUUCCUACAGGAUGCUGUUGGAGUCACUGUGUCUGAACCAGGUCUCCUUGGUUAUUUAACUUCCAGGAUGUCCCUACAUUAUAAUCAAGAGACAUAAUUCCCCUAUACACUGAGGACAGGAUGCACAUCAGCUCCCAACCUUUUGGCCACACUCAGAAAACUUCCUUUCAGGAUUGCAGUCCUCAAAGUCUGGUGGUUUUAGGAUGAUUGUCUUCCUCUGCCUGCCUCACUCCCCCCCCCCCCCCAAAUACUGCACCAUGAGGAACUGAAUCAACUGUCUGAAUAAUAUAAUGGCUUUAACUGACAUUGGAAACGUGAUUGGUUUAUUAACAGGGGGGUUGUUGGGGAAAGAGGAGUUGCUUAAUUAGCAUUACUUGUAGCUUUAAGGUGUGCCUAGAUAUUAUUUGCUUUGGGAAUUGGGAGAUGACCCCUUGCCACACUUGUCUGAGCCCCUGUUCCUCCUCGCUCUUCUCUCCCUCCUCCCCUACUUCUGCCAUCACCACGCCCCCCCUCCUGUUCCCUCUGUGUGCCUCUAGCAAAGGAAUCUUGCCAUGAGGCAGCUGCCCCAUGGAAUAAAGACCUGACCCAUGGGUUGUAGUCCACUGGGAAGCUUUCCUAACUAAAAUAACCAGGAUCUCUUUUUUGUGUGCAGCUCCUGUUAGCAUCCAUGAAGUCUGCAUAUGAGAAGUUCCUGGUGGAUGUUCAUUAAUAAAGGGUAGUGAUAAUAUACAGCAUGUAUGGCUGUAUCUCUGCUUCUGAGAUUCCACUAGGGGGCAGUCUUGCUUAUCACAGGGUGCGGUGCAUUACUAAGCUCCAUCUCUAACUCCCCUAGUUUCUGCUUUCAUUGCCAUUUCCUGGCAUUGGAAGCCAAGCAGAAGUUUCACAGGCUGUGACAUAAACUCCAUUUUCCGUUAUUCCACCUUUGGAGCCUUCUUGCUGCACUUGGUGCUGAUGGUCAGAUUCCAUUGGAACAAGACUUCUACCUUAUCCAAACUUGUUGCUCUGUGUUAUAUUUAUAAGUGUGUGCUUUUACUCUGCCUUCGUAUUAGUUGUGUGCUGCUUAUUUCUUUUGCAAGUUUUUUGGCGGGGGUUAUUUAGUUUUGGGCUGGCAUGUGUGCACAAACGCAAAGGUGUUGAGGGAGGGCUGUCUGGCUUUGAGGACUGUUUGUGCCAGAAUCCCACUGCACAUGUUUGGCCUGGUUUUUAUUUUUUGUGGGAUCAUUUAUAUAGGCUUCCCACCAGCCCUGAACAAAGUUAUUCAAAGAGCUAAAGCCGAAGAAACACCUUGUUCAAAAUUAUUUGAGUGAAAAUUCAAGAUAUAAGGGUGUCCAAUAAUGUUCAUAGGCAGAAGAUUUGGGAUUACAAGAGAUGGGGUAUUGAAUUGGACUUCUGUGUGACUUUCAUGAGAAAAAAUCUCAGUGGAUUGUGUUCCCCUUUCAACAAAUAGGAGGUAGAGUGCCAUUUUGAUUUUCUCCCAGCAACACCAAAAUGUUUUGUUUAUCCUGUAUAUUUUCAAAGCUUAAAUUGGAAGCUUAAAUUGGAAGCUUAAAUUUGUGUUCACCUGCUGAGAGAAUGGAAGCAUACAAGUUGCUUUCUUGUUAACCCAGCCUCUCUUUUGUAGAUCUUGAAGCCUUUAACAAUGUCCAGCCUACAUUCAGAGUCCAGCCUAUGUUUAUGCCUCUGGGACAAGUUUGCUUCAUUCUUCUUCAUAGCUUUGCUGACUCCAAAUGGGGUCCAGUGGGGUCAGGGAGUCACCUCCAGCCAACCCAAUUUACAAAUGAACUGAAAAGGAACAGCAAGUAGAUUGGGUGGCAAGAAGCGAGGCCGUCGCCUUUGGAGUUCAAUCUCUCCCCCAUCCCAUAAUCUCCCUCCCUCUCAUGAAAUGUGGCAUUCAUAGUGCUAUGUGCUUGAACGGGUCCGUCUUAUUUAAAACAUUUCUGUCUCAUAUAUGUAUGCAACUUCUUUCCACUUUUGAUCCCCUGUGUAAUCAUUCAACUCAAAUGGCCCUUUUUCUUCGAGGCCUCAGGCACUUUUGUCUCUCCUUGUUUUAAAGCUGAUGUGAUAAAGGAAUGAAAAUCUAAAUAAAGCAGUGCUGCUUGCUGAUUUCAUUCAGAGCUGCUUUGGUGUGCCUGGUCUGCCCAGACAGAAAUAAUGGUGUUGGAAAGAAACCAGCAGGUUUCCAGCCCUAGAGGCUCACAGGCAGAGAUGUGAUGAGACGAAGGAGUGAACAGUUGGUAGACAACAUAUUAUAAGUUGAUACACACUAAAACAGCACAGAUAGAAAAUGUGGACCUGUGUUAAAAGUCAAAAUGGGGAAAUUCUUUUUUAAAAUAAAAAUCUGUACCAAGAAAAGCUGAAUCUGUUUACAUGGAAUAAACUUCUUCCAAGUAAUUUAUAUAAUUGCACUUUAGGUUACUUGUUGGAUUUCUUCCUGUCGUGCAGUUGUUUAAAAGUACCAGAGCCAGCUUUUCCUUCCAACAGGGUGAAGUGACCUGCCUGAAGUGGUACAGAAAGUGGAAAGAAUCUAUCUGUCGGAUGGAUGGAUGGAUGAAGGCAGGAACUGGUGUCUGAAUGGUGCAACCAGACUUUAAAAUAUUGGCCAUGGUGUGUUGGAGGGCACCUUUCGACCGCCUGCUUCAGGCAGCAGAACUGCCAUAGGCAACACUGAAGCUGCAGAUCUUUCGGCAGUGACAAACAUGGCAACCCUAUCCAGGAAGGAUUCAAUAUUUGAUGUAUAUCCAUACAAGCUUGGUAACUGGAGAAUUGAGCUGCCAGCAGCGAAACUAUAUUUUGUAGAUGGCAAAUACUUUGCUAGAUUCUGUGGGUUGCGGGAGAAUAAUUUGACUGUGGUUGAUACUGGACUGGAUUGCAACCAUAAGGAACAAAAGGCCAGUGUUGUUAUACUUGCAUAGAAUCUAUCAUAGUUAACUGAACACCUACAGUUUAUUGGUGAAUUUGCUUAGGGAAACAAUAGUACUCCGUGUAUUACUAGGCAAAACCUGCUUAGAGUGCCAACUGCAAAGAGAGUAAGCAUGGAAGGGUAGCUAAAUAGAGAUUGCUGUGGGGAUGAGAAGUGUUAGGCACUGGGAAACACAGGCUAUGUAUCUGCAAAAGACAUGGGCUUUACUUGGAACAGUGGAACAAGGACGCUUAACAUCAAAAAGGUCAUUGUGCAGUUCUUAAAUGAACUUCUGGUGGUAAGCCACCAAGAACUGUGUCGAAUCUGAUUCAGGAUGACUUCAUUCCAUAACCGUGAUGGUGCAAAUCAAGGGUGGGGAGCAUGUAACCCAGGAGUGGCCAGUGUGGUACCCUCCUGGUGUUGAACUACAAUGCCCAUCCUUCCUGGCCAUCUUGUCUGGUGCUCUUGGGAGUUGGAGUGUUAACAAUAACUGAAAGGAGCACAGGUUUCCUACCCUUGGUGUAAAUGCUUCUAGUUCUCAGAAUGGGAUUAGGAUAGAACUUGGCAACACUAAGGAGUGCCUUGUGUGCUUAUAUGCCAACACGAUGUAGUGCAUAUAAUGCAUAGCUAGAAUAUUGCCUCAAAUCUUGAGUCAUUCCCAGGUCACACUCUUUCUCUAUGGAGCUGUGAUUCCAAAACGUGUCACGUCUAAACGCCAACCCAUCAUUUACAGAGCGGAAAAAAAGUGCAAGCAAGAGCCCAUAUCUUGUCAUAGCUACAUCUUUGAUUUACUUAUGGGAAGAGUAAACGGGACAGUUGGUUAGAGCGUGGUGCUGAUAAUGCCAAGGUUAGACGUUCAAUCUUCGUAUAGGACAGCUACAUCUUUCCGUAUUGCAGGGGGUUGGGGUAGAUGAGCUCUAGGGUCCCUUCCCUUGAGUUCAGAAGAUUGUGCUUCUAGGGGACCUUGGCUCACUUUGCCUGGGCCACAGCUGUUUGAUGGAAGCAAAUUUUCCAAUACGAUCAAACCUCAGUUCUCGAACGGCUCCGUUUUCGAAUGUUUUGGCUCCUGAACGCCCAAAAACUGGAAGUAAAUGCUCCAGUUUUUGAAUGUUUUUUGGAACCCAAACAUCUGACGCGGCUUCUGCUUGAGUGCAAGAAGCUCUUGCAACCAAUUAAAAGCCACGCCUCAGUUGUCAAACGUUUUGGAAGUCGAACAGUCUUCCGGAAUGGAUUAUGUUCAACAAGCAAGGUUUGACUGUAGUUACUUCCAUGCUGACUGCAAGAUACGAGCCAGUUGGCCUGAAGGUAGGCAUUAUGUAAAAUUGUGAGGAUAAGACAGGCUGCAAGUCCCAGAGUUGCUGCCAUCAUGGUGAUACUGGCUCCUCUGACAGUGGUCCUAAUGAAGUCUGGACACCCAAUUUCCAGCUCCAGCAUUUGUCCCAAUUCACUAACCUCUCUAGGUUAGACUACAACGCGUUAUAUGUGGGAUUGCCUCGGAAGACAGUUCAGAAAGUUCAGCUGGUGCAGAAUUUGGCAGCCAGGUUGCUCACUGGAGUAAGAUGGUUUGAGCAUAUUACACCGAUCCUGGCACAACUGCACUGGCUGCCAAGUAAUUUCUGGGCCCAAUUCAAAGUGCUGGUUUUGACUUCUAAAGCCCUGAACUGUUCUGGACCACAAUAUCUCAAGGACCACCUCUUCCCCACAUAAACAGUUCAUCAUCUGAGACCCUUCUUUGUGUGCCUAUUCCAUGAGAGAUCAGGAGGGUGGCAACAUGAGAACAGGCCUUUUCUGCAGUGGCUCCCCAUUUAUGGAAUGUCCUCCCCAGGGAGGUUCGGCCGGUGCCUUCAUUAUACAUCUUUAGGCACCAGGCAGAAACGGUUCUCUUUUACCAGGCCUUUGGCUAAUUAAACAAUCCAUGGCUUUUAAACGUGGGCUGGGGUGAUAGUUUUUGUUUCUUACUAUGCUACGUAUUUUUGUGUUUUUAUAUUGUAAAACUGCCCUGUGAUCCUUGGAUGAAAGGCAGUAUAG